AUGAACGACAAGAAGGAGGAGGAGGAGCGGGAACGUUUCUUUCGAGCGACGACGACGUCGUCAACGACUUUAAAAAAGGAGGAGGAGGAGAAAAAAUACGCGACAAGAGUUUUCCUCCUGCGCUUCGCUCUUCUCUUCGCGUUGCUGUUUUUCUUCUCGCGCAUCUCUCGAUCAACAACAACGUCCUCUAAUGCUGCUGCUGCGGGUCGUCCGGUGGCCGUGACAAUGCAAGAGAAGGUGGAGGAAGAAGAGAUCAUGCGCAACGUGCGAUACCCGGGCUCGACGACGACGACGGAGAAGAAGAAAAAAUAUCACAACUCUCAAUAUGGGAAACACUCGUCGGUGAACCUUCUCGUGAACACGAACUCUUUUUUCGCACCAAACGAACAUAAAGAAAAAGAAGAAGUGAAAAGAGAGGGACGAAAGCUUCUUCAAUUUCUAGCGCCGGUGCGAUAUAGUCUCGUUCCUCUGUCUGACGCUAUUCAGGAUCUCUGUGAAGCAAUCUUCGAUUUAUCGAUAACGCCUCUGCAAGCGAGGAUAGCGCCGUUUUUGAAGUUCCGCGAGACGAACGUGACGGACCCGAAAGACCCUUUGGUUCUUGAUAAGGAAAAAGUGAAGGAGGCAAUCAUGAAAGAAACUUUGCCGUAA